UCAAAAUCAAAAUUUACCGCAGCGAUCUUUUACUUCUCCAAGUAAAUCUAAAAAACUCAAUUAUGCACUUUCAGAUGGAGAAUCACAAAUAGAAAAUUAUUCAUCAAAAUCACGUAGUGGUGGUAAUAAUAGAAAAGGCAUGCCUAAACGAAGAAGUACAGUGAGUGAAGAAUACUUUGGGGAGGGGGGGAAAGGGAUAAAUUUUGAUGAGGAAACUCAAAAAAAAGCAGAGAUUGUUAAAAGAAGAUUAUCGAAAAUGAAAAGGCCGGAUAAACCUGAGGUGAUGAUUGGUACUAGAAUUGAUGUUGGACAUGUUAACUAUGUUCUUAUGUAUAAUAUGUUGACUGGUAUUCGUGUUGGUGUGUCAAGAUGUAAUGCUAAAAUGCAUAGAGACUUGGAUGAAUCAGAUUUUAAAGCUGCACAUAAAUUUUCAUUUGAUAUAACGGGAAAUGAACUUACACCAUCAGCUAAAUAUGAUUUUAAAUUCAAGGAUUAUGCACCCUGGGUAUUUCGUCAUCUUCGUGAAUUUUUUCAUAUAGAUGCUGCUGAUUAUUUGGUUUCCCUGACGAGUGAAUAUAUAUUAUCAGAGUUGAAUUCACCAGGAAAAAGUGGGAGUUUCUUUUAUUUCUCCAGAGAUUAUCGAUUCAUCAUAAAAACAAUACACCACACUGAACAUAAAUUCCUGAGAAAAAUCCUAAAAGAUUAUUAUGAGGUGGAAUAA